AUGGGGAGUAGUCUGCCUACUUCUGUGGGACUGUCCAAUGAUGCUGCUAUGAAUCAAAUACAGGAGAUUAUUUCAGAAAACUGUGUGGUGAUUUUCUCUAAAACAACAUGCUCCUACUGCAAAAUGGCAAAAAAACUCUUUGAGGAUAUGAAUGUAAAUUAUACAGUUGUAGAACUGGACAUGAGUACAAAUGGAAGUCAGUUCCAAGACACUCUUGAACAGAUGACUGGUGGCAGAACAGUCCCGAGAGUGUUUGUCAAUGGGACUUUUGUUGGAGGUGCUACAGAUACUCAAAGGCUUCAUGAGGAAGGCAAACUGCUUCCAUUGGUUCAUCAAUGUCAAGUGAAAAGAAAAUCCUGA